UUUAAAAGGCGCAUUACCAGCAAUUGCUAGGAUGAACUUAUUUAUUUUCAAAUCAAAACUGAUCUUUCAAUUCAAUUCGCCCCCAGUCGCCAGUGCUGCAAGUAAAUUCUUGUUGUCUGCAUACAAAUACAUCAGGACCAUAUGAGUGUAUUCGUCCAGCACCAAGGGGAGCCGCUGCAUGCAGCAUCGCCUGCAGUGGAGUCCAUCCAGAAUGCAGUACCAGGAACAUCACAAAACACACCCAAAUGUGAAGUACAGACGUCUGAGGUGGCCUGUCAAAAGAUUGAAGCUCGUCAGAAAAUAGCAAAGUUAUUUCAGCAAUACACAGCGCAGCUGAUCCCCGAUCAACACAGUGUGACCGUAACAUCAGACCCUCUCUCGGUGGAAGAGAAGAUCUGCCUCACUGUUUGCAACGACAAGAAAGUUGUGUCGCUUGCCGUGAAAAAUUGUGGUGUCACAACAGUUCAUUUAAAUUUUUGUGAAUCGGAGCUCGUCAAGGACAUAUUCACUGUCACGGACUGUAAUGGAAACAAUAUCAAGACUUUGAAGGAUCUCCCUCUUGGACCAGGAGCAGAAUACAAACUCAAGGUCCAUUUCUGCUCUGAGCAUGCCGGCUUCUACGAACAUUUACUGGUCUUUAAAUUCAAAACACACCCUCAGGCCUCAGAUAAAAUGAUUAUGCGCCUCUUGGAAGUCAUACGUCAAACAUCUUUCAGUGAAGAGCCCCUCCCCACAGCCACAAACCUGUGUGAUCUCCAAACUGCAGUACCAAAAGAUGAUGGACGAAGCAGAAAUAAAAUACUGGUGCCUUUGAAGUUGUAUGCGAUGCCCCACUGUGUCAAAGACCUCAAGCAAUGCAACAUGCACCUGGAGAAUAUGCCUCUGAACUGGAUAAACUACUGGCAGAGGUUCAAAUUACUGCUGCAUAUAGAGGAGCUCCAGAAGAGGACAGAGAUUGAGAAAUUAAGUCAGGAUGUGUCCAUGUUCAGUCACAAAAGCCAUACAGACCUAGUAUUUCUGCAGGUUGCAGGGAUCUCUAGGAUGUCACCAUCGCUUCUGUCCGGGUUACAGGUUUGGUUGACUCCUUUAGACCAGAAAGCUUUCCCUCGAAAAAUCUACAUAAGCUGGGUCUGUCAUGUGGAUGCAGAGAAAGUCUACCUGGAAUUAAAUGAUGGGUUCCUGAGCUGCUUCAAGGAGGGCAUGAGGUUCCACAUAAGCUUUGCCAUCAACCGCAUGCCCCUGCGCAACCAGCAUCGAGCAGCAGAACUGGUGUACAAAUGCAGACUGCGGGAGGUUCUGUUUCCUACUGGACAGUCGUCUUCCCACCGGGUACAUCUGCACAGGGCGUUUGAGCUUGAGAACAAUCCGGAGCAGCGCAAGGCCGUUGAACACAUUGUAGCUGCUUCGGCGAAGCCUGCUCCGUACCUGGUUUUUGGUCCACCUGGCACAGGCAAAACAGUGACCUUGGUGGAAGCCAUCAAGCGGAUAGUAAAGACGCGACCCUCAUGCAACAUCCUGGCUUGCGCUCCUUCUAACAGUGCAACUGAUAAUCUGUGUGAGAAGAUUCUGCAAGACAAGAUAGCCAAGCCAAGUGUGUACCGCUUGUACGCCCUGAGCUGCUCUGUGACAAAAAUCCCCGAAAUGAUAAAGUCUUGCUGCAACUUGAACCAAAAAACCAAGAGAUUUGAAAUUCCUUUGAAAGCAGAGCUGAUGAGUCAUAAGAUCAUGGUCACCAGCCUACAAACCGCAUCACGGCUGGUUUCGAAAGGGAUUCCUUCAGCACAUUACAGUUAUCUGUUUGUAGAUGAAGCGAGCUAUUCAGCAGAAACCGAGUGUCUCAUCCCUUUGGCAGGUCUGCUGAAACCACACAAAUGCCAGGUCGUUCUGGCUGGAGACCCGAAACAGUUGGGCCCCAUCAUCUCGUCCAUGUUGGCGGAGACACACGGCCUGGGUGUAUCCAUGUUGGAGCGUCUGAUGAACAUCGACCUUUACAAGCGACACGAGACAUAUGGGUUCAACAACCGCUUCAUAUCCAAAUUACUGAGGAACUACAGGUCCCAUCCGGCUAUUCUAAAAGUUCCCAAUGAGCUCUUUUAUGAUGGAGAACUUCAAUCGUAUGCUGAUACAAAGACAACAAGUUCAUUCUGCAGAUGGGAACAGUUGCCCAGGAAGGGUUUCCCUCUGAUCUUCCAUGGAGUGGCAGGAACUAAUGAACGUGACAGCAACGAUCCCUCUGUUUACAAUAUGGCUGAGGUGGACGUGUUGAAGGAAUACCUAAAAGCCCUCGUGGCUCAUUUUCACAAAAAGGGUGUGAACAAAAUUGAGCCCAACAACAUCGGCAUCAUUGUCCCAUACAGAAAGCAAGUGGAGAAAAUCAACAAAGCCUUUCAGGUGGACAAAGAUCUCAGGAAGGAAAACUUGGAAAACGUUUUGGUGGGUUCAGUGGAGCAGUUCCAGGGUAAAGAGUUCAAUGUGACUCUGGUGUCAACAGUGCGCAGCAUGACCAAACUCACGGCAGCAAAUCAAAAGUUCACUCUAGGCUUUGUUGAUAAUGAGAGGAGGUUCAACGUGGCAAUGACCCGCGCACAAGCUUUGCUGAUUGUGGUUGGAGACCCGAGAGUCUUAAAAACUGACCAUAACUGGAACACAUUCAUCCAUUACUGCGCCACUAAUGGGUGUUACCGUGGCAUCACAGUCUCCGAUGCAGAGGAAGAUCACCGAGCCUCCGUGGAGGGUGGAGCAGCGACAGGUGAAACCUGCUGCACCACCAGACCCAACACGAUCAUCUGAGGCUCCAGCAUUACACGAAAAACUAAGAAUAAAAAACUGGUUUAGACGCCGGAA